AUGCGACUGCAAGUUGCUUUGCUCUUCCUUGUUUACACUGAGGGUAAAAAGAAGUCCAAGGUUUCCGAUGACGCUGUCAUCGACAAUUUGGACGUGUUCCCAGCGCCGUUUCCGUCGCCUGUCCCUUUCGGCCACAUAUUCAAAGAUGGAAUAGGAGAUGUAGUGCCAGGCUUGAAGCAGCCAGUAGACCUGUUAGAGCUGGACCUUUUCAUACCAACGCGAGAUGAGCAAGAUAAGUACCUAAAAAAAUUACCAAAGCAAAAUAUUAUCAGAAUUAAUAAUAAUCCAAUAGAAUUCGCCAACCCUCGAGACAAAUAUUUGCGCUUCAACCUUAACCAAGCCGAAGAAAUUGCUAGACAAGGCGUGACCACGUCACCCAAUAAAACCGACGACAGACCGCAGUGGUUCAACUUCGAAGUCAUGCUGGAGAGGAACUUCAAUACUCCGAGGCCGGCUGUAGCUCUAGCAGCAAGGACUCCAAAGCCAGAUCGUUUUGACGAGAAUUCUGCGAACGGACCAGACCAGGAAAUUCAAUCUAAUGAUGUACGUAAAAGGAACUAUUUUUCCGCGCACACCUACAGUUUGUUGAAGGACCCUCACACAGCACCGAUAUAUGACCACUGGACGACAUGUGACCAGUUUGAGAGAAAAACUCGUAAAUUCCAUCCGAAAGAUAUCGUGGACCUCGAUUGGAUUCCGUUCUAUGUUUGGACGACUAGACACUUUGUGGUUUCAGUUGUUCAUCGAUUCUCCUUUCCUACAAAAAAGACGGUUCGAGAGUACAGACAUACCUACGGACCCCACAUAAAUAAGACUGUAUACUGGGAAAACCCGAAGCUCCUGCUUAAGGAGGAUAUGGAGCUGCUGCUCAUAGCUGCAGACAGGAAUGGUCUAUUCCACGGAAUCCCAAGGCUGAAAAUUCCGUCAAAUUUUAAAUUUGACAACAACACCAAAUUCCCGGUCAUCACGAUGCGAAUCAAAAUCGAAGAUCCGUACCUAGCCAUGAUGUUCUGCGACGAGUAUUACGCUGUCAUCAUGGCCACUACCAACUCUGGGCCUUUGACUGAUGAGGAGAAGACGGAGGAGGCUACUAUCAUCAACUUCAAGGGUACCGGCUUCCCGGUAUCGAGGGACUUGGAGCUGGAGGACAUAAAGAAGAAGGGUGAGAUAGAACAGCGACAUGAGGAGGAAGAAACGAAAUAUAUCAAAGUUUUGGACACGGGCUUCGAAAUCGAACGAGAGUGA